UGCACUCACUCAGCCUCCGAAGCCGCUCGGUGCACUCACUCAGCCUCCGAAGCCGCUCGGGCGUCAACACAGCGCACAACCAAGAGGCGACAUGUCCACGUACGUGUCCUCAGACUGCCGCCGGGUCAGCCCGACUGUCCACGGCAACAAGUUCGACACGGCGCACCGCAAGAAAGCUGUGGCCAACAUUUUCGACAAUGUCAGCCAAGACGCCCUGACGAGACUCUUCCAGAAGACGGGUGACAUGAAGGCGGAGGAGCGGGUGAGGAGUAUCUUCUCCCACUCGCACGACCCGGAGGAGACGGCCCGGGCGCUGAUGGCUCUGAAACAGAGAAAAAAGGACAAGUUCCUCCAGAUCGCAGGCAUGCUCCGACACAUGCUCAAACUGCGCUGACUGCUUUAGCCGCCUGUGUCUUCUCUUUUUCGGCUCGACUUUGGAGCCCAAGACCUGCGCUCGCUCGCUCGCUCGCUCUCGGAUGGGAUGCCUGCAGGUGCUUGUGCUUGCAAGAGGCCGCCCUGCGAGGCCACUUGCUCCCGCCCAAGGCGAUGGGGAGUCCCGCCAUGAGCGGAUGGAACCAGAUAAGCUAACUGGAGAUAUGAAGGACACGACUUCUCCACUGUGAAGCAGUACGACACAACAAAGGAGCAGACACCUCUGUGAUGGUGCUGGCGGAAAGCUGCAACAUUUGACUUUUUAGUGCCAGAAGAACCUUCGUGGAUGCCUGUCCUGAACACAUGCCUUGUUUGCAAAUGAACACUGUCAUUAUGAAUAUAUUUUUAAUAUGGUGGCUCCAAAUGUCACUGUCAUGUCAACACAGCACAAUGAUUUUCAUGGAUGAUGUCAAUUUUAAUAAAUUGCUUUGUAUACACACGUCAAACUUUGUGCUUAUGUGCAUU